CUUUACACAUGGAAAGCCAGGGCCAAGGCAAGGCUGUUGGGUUUUGCGUGUAUUUCUUUCUUUCUUUUUCUCCCAUUUUAUAAUUUCACGAAUAAAAAUGAUUCGUGAUUUUAAUAUAAUCUAUUCGGCGGUGUUUGUAAGUAUAUGUGUGUUUAGCCAACUGGGGUCCGCACAGCUCAAGCGGAACCACUACGCCAACGUCUGCCCAAAUGUCGAAAAUAUUGUCAGAGGCGUCGUAAGGACCAAAUUCCAACAGACGUUUGUCACCGCUCCGGCCACCAUCCGCCUCUUUUUUCAUGAUUGCUUCGUGCAGGGAUGUGAUGCAUCAGUCAUCAUCCAAUCGACAGGAAGUAACAAAGCUGAGAAGGACCACCCCGACAAUCUGUCGUUGGCUGGAGAUGGAUUUGAUACCGUAAUCAAGGCCAAGGCGGCCAUCGACGCGAACCCAAGUUGCCGGAACAAGGUCUCAUGCGCCGAUAUACUAGCCAUGGCAACGCGCGACGUUAUCGCUCUGACCGGCGGGCCGUCUUACGCCGUUGAAUUGGGGAGAUUGGAUGGUCUGAGCUCAACUUCGGCAAGUGUAAAUGGGAAGCUGCCUCAUCCAACCUUCAACCUCAAUCAGCUAAAUUCCAUGUUUGCUGCACAUGGUCUUUCUCAAACGGACAUGAUUGCUCUUUCAGCUGCACAUACACUGGGAUUUUCUCACUGUGGCAAGUUCUCAAACCGUAUAUACAAUUUCAGCCCUUCCAAUGCAGUGGACCCCACCAUCAACAAAACGUACGUACCCCAAUUACAAGCUAUGUGUCCCAAGAAUGUGGACCCCAGAAUAGCCAUCAACAUGGACCCCAUCACUCCUAGGACCUUCGACAAUGUGUAUUAUAAGAACCUUCAGCAUGGGAUGGGCCUCUUUACAUCAGAUCAGGAUCUAUUCACAGACAGAAGGUCCAGGCCCACCGUCGACGCGUGGGCCCAAAACUCCGCGGCGUUUCAACAAGCGUUCAUCACCGCCAUCACCAAGCUGGGCCGGGUCGGAGUUAAGACCGGGUCUCGGGGUAAUAUCCGACGUGAUUGCGGCGCUUUUAAUUAGAAUUUUAAUUGAGUAUAUUUGUAUUCAAGUCAAUAAGCUGGGCCAACGCUAAGCAAAAUCAAAAUUUCGAGCUUGGGUCUAUGUCAAUUGUUUUCUAUGGUGCAGUCCACCUAAUGAUUUUAUAAACUUAUGGAGUAUCUCAUCAUGAAAGUCCAAAAUGAAUUAUUGUUACUUCUUCUU